GCAAAAGAUGUGACAAUGCCAGCAAAGAUUCCAGUUAAUUUCUUCUCCUCAAGAUCUCCAGUCAUUGAUCUUUUUCGGGGACAGUUGGAUUAUGCAGAUCAUCUUCGUCAGGAUUCUGAAGUUGUGUUAUAUUUUUUCUAUGCCCCAUGGUGUGGGCAGUCUGUCGCAGCAAGGGAAGAAAUCGAACAUGUGGCUAGCAGGCUGUCAGACCAGGUGCUUUUCGUGGCAGUUAACUGCUGGUGGAACCAGGGGAAAUGCAGGAAACAAAAACACUUCUUUUAUUUUCCUGUGAUACAUUUGUACCAUCGGAGUUUUGGACCAAUUGAAUACAAAGGCCCUAUGAGUGCUGUUUAUAUUGAAAAGUUUGUUCGUCGGGUGAUGACACCACUUCUCUACAUCUCGUCUCGAUCAAAAUUACUAGAUUUCCUCUCAGAUUAUGAGCCUGGAGUUCUAGGAUAUUUUGAGUUCAAUGCUUCACCUCAGCCUCCUGGUUAUUUGACAUUCUUCACAUCAGCAUUACAUUCAUUAAAGAAAGAUUACCUUGGAACAAUACGCUUUGGAGUGAUCACGGAUAAACAGAUUGCAAAAGAGGUCUCAUUGAUGCAUUCAGGCACUGUGUACCUGCAUAGGCAUGUCAACAAUUCACUUAUCUAUCCCAGUGAGGUCAUGAAUUAUACAGCUGAAAACAUUUGCAAAUGGGCCCUAGAAAAUCGAGAGAUGCUCAUACGCUGGCUGAGACCACAUGGAGGAAAAAGCCUUCUACUAAACAAUGAACUAAAGAAAGGACCAGCACUUCUAUUGUUUAUACCCUUUAAUCCCUUGGCAGAAAGUAAUCCUCUUUUAGAUGAAAUAACCAAAGUGGCCUUGGAGUACAAAAAUUGUAACAAAAGCCAGGCAUCUGAACCAGCUCAACACUUGAGAGAGUCUGAUUCACCAGAUUUUGGAUCCGUUGUACCAGACGCCCGCACAAAAUUGACAGAAACGUUCUCCAUAACAGAGUACCCAUGUUGUAACACAGUGGUGCUUCCUCAGUGGCAUUCAAUCUCUAGAACUCACAAUGUCUGUGAACUUUGCGUCAACCAGACAGUUGGGGUCAAACCAAGUCAAGUCACUGUGCCACAGUGUAACUUUUUAGAGAUAGAAGCAGCUUUGAACUCUUUCUACCUCCAGGAACGUACUUUUUUUCAAGUUGCAUCAAAUACCAUAGAAUGCAGCAACUUCCUAAGUUUCUACAGUCCUUUCAGCUACUACACUGCAUGCUGCAGGACAGUAAACAGGGGUCUGUUAAGUCUUGGUAAUUCCAAAAAGACCAUCUUUCAGAACCUCGAAGUAGCAUUUUCUUCCCAUGGGAAGAAAGGGAAGGAUGAUGCCCAAAGUUCUAUUCCUCACAUUGAGGAUAGGAAUUACUUUAUUCCUGACCUUCAUGUUAAUGGCACUAACAUUACUGGCCUGAGCUGCCGGACCAACAAGACCUUGAAUCUCUAUCUACUGGAUUCCAAUUUGUUCUGGAAGUAUGCAGAGAGAUUAGGAGCCUCAAGAGCUGCUCGUGUUAAGGAAUUUGCUGCCAUUGUUGACCUGAAAGAAGAGACGCACUAUGUCCUGGAUCAGAAUCAAGCAAUCAUAAGAUCUACUCUAGAAAACUUCAUUAAAAACUUCAGCAUUAUCUACAGUCCCUUAAAAAGACAUCUUGCUGGUGACUCUUCAGUCCAUUUUCACGUACAGCGCAUGAUCACUGAAGUGACUACUAGUACCUUUCAUGAAGUGGUGUUCUUGAGUGAAAAGGAUGUCUUGCUACUCUAUUAUGCGCAAUGGUGUGGAUUCUGUGCUUCCCUUAACCACAUCUUUAUUCAGCUGGCUCGGUUUUUGCCUCCAGACAACUUCACUGUGGCAAGAAUCGAUGUCUCUCAAAAUGACCUCCCAUGGGAAUUUAUGACAGAUCGCCUCCCAACCAUUUUGUUAUUUCCUCAGAACAGGAAGGACCAAAGUGUGAAGUUUCCUGAAGAUUUUUCAAUUACCAUACCUAAUCUGCUUAAAUUCAUUUUACGUUACUCAAGCCUACCUUCAUCUGCAUCUGACUUGGAGCCCUGCACCAAAGAGUGUCUGCAGAAAGAAGGGGCAGCAUUACAACAAAGACACAUCUCCCAUCUAGAGAGAGAGAUUGAAAAAUUAAGAUCAGAAGUCAGUGCCAUACACCAGACCCAUGAGCAGCUUGAAGCCCAGCUUUCAGAAUCCAGGGCAGAGGAACAUAGAUUACAACAGCAGAAACACACACUAGAAAGACAACGUAAGACCCUCCAGCUUCACAGUGAGCAUUUACAGACCAUUUGUGAACAGAAGAAUAGAGAAUUAGAAGAAAUGGCUGAAAAGCUGCAAGAAUUAGCAGAUGCAUCAGAAAACCUCCUUAAAGAGAAUGCUUUACUAAGAGUUUUGGUGGCAUCAAUGGAAAGGAAACUAGAGAAUAAAGAUGAAACUAAGAAAUAUGUUCUCUCGGAGGAAAUGCUUUCCAAUGACAAUACUGGGACGAUUCCAACAGCUACUGACAGAUUACAUGAAGAAAGAGUUGAUAUCAAUAUUGACACCAGAGUGACUGAGCAGAGUAAGGAGAACAGGACAGAAUAAUUACUUAACUACAGGAAAAAAAAAUCCACAAAUGACACUGUAUUGGGACGGUAUUUAUGCAAAUUUUAUUGAAAUUUAUUGUAAAUAAAGAUUCCCCAAUGGUCUAGAAAAAUCAAAAUGGAAUAUUUUUGUAAUGCUUUAAAGAAUUUAAGACACCCAUGUCUCGAACCCUCUUAAACUGAGAACAGUAUUUGAAAUGCUCUUUGCACUUUACUAUUGCACUAAUUGGAUAGUUCUUCUCAGUGUCACUUAAUUUAAUGCUAAUUUCUUGAGGCAGCAGUGUGAAGCACCUCCUGUUAAGGACCAAUUUGUUUUUUGCACUGACUUCCUCCCACAUCUAGAGGAAGAAUUCAUUUAUACUUUUCUAAGGAAGUUUGGAAACUCUGUCUCCACUGCAUUUUCCUUUGUUUGCAGAGUUGAUUGGAAAUGCUGAAUCUGUGUAUUUAGUAAACUUGAAUGAAAA